CAUCUCAAGAGACGUGAUAGCACAACGAUACUUAUUGACAACAACGGGGUGAGAACGAAGGAAGGAGGAAAACACCAGACUUGCUUAAAUGUCCGCCCGCAGGAAACGAAUUGCUGCUGUGGGCGCUAUGGCUCCGCCACCUGUGCCCAUCGCUGACUACGCCUCCAUUGCCGGGAGCUCGCAACAACAGCCCCCAUCCUCCAUCGCCGUCAUCUUCCAAAACCUCCCAAAGACUGGAAAUGGCUCGCCCGGGCCUGACUUUCUUCAGCAGCUAUUUGCGGAAGUGAUUUCUCACGAAGUCACCGACCCAACUGGGAGCUCGUCCCUGGAAGAUACACUCUUGGUCAAUUACAAAGUUAUCACGGCGGUCGUGGACGCCGGUGUCAGCGUCCUGCUGCGGGAAGAUCCCUUUGCCCCCACCCAAAACCUGACCGAGCAAGCGAGUAAUAGUCUUCUGGUCCUACGUUUGACCAUCAAGGAGACUCCCCUGGUGCUGUUUAGACCGCCGCCCGAGUCUACCGCUGAGUCGGAACAGCCAUUGCUGUAUCUAUGGUUGCUGUCCAAGUUACUCCCGCUGCUUGGGCAUGGACCUGCCGAAUCGCUUGUGCAGGAGCUACUUGAAACCAUUUAUGCCGUCUUCUAUGCAGCUGCAAACCUACCCAAAGAGUGGAAGAGUGUCAUGAUCAUGGUGGGGUAUUUUCGGAGCUGUGUAAAUUGUAAUCAUUUCUCUUUCUUUUUCCUUUUCUCUCUUCUCUUUCCCUUUCUUUCUUUCCUUCACCUCCGCGAGUACGCGUUUACCAACAUUAUAAUAAAACUUGAAACUAAUCUGUGCGAACUGCUUGAAUUACCGGAGAAGUGCUUUACUGUUGAUCCCUUAAUGCUACCGGAGGGUUUCAAACGCUUCUCUCGCCAGAUGGUUAGUUUUGCUAUUCGGGAUGCCGACCACGCGGCCUUUUUGGUUGUCCAUCUGUUUUCCGCAAUCUCUGCGUUACCCGCCCGGCAUAGUGAUGUACCUCCAUUCAGAAGCGUCUCAGAUAGCUUGAUAUAUUUUGCACAGGAGAUGCAGAAUCUCUGGAUGAGCCUUAACACCUGGGAGUCGCUCCCGGUGUUGUAUGAGAAAGUGGGCACAAUCCGGUUAAAGAUGCUGGAGACACUGGCGAAUUCCCUAGGGGAUGUCGUGAAGACACGCUAUGGAAGAAGCAGGAUCAAGGGUGUCUGCCUACUUGCUGUCCGCUGCGUUGGUGAUGUCUUGACCAUGUCGAUAUCCCAAAUAAAUCAGAGCGCAGAGAGUACCUUAGCAAAGAUAAUAUUAGGGUUGCUAUGCGCUGCAGAGGUUUCCACUACUAUUCAUCAGGCAUUGCGAGAGAGAAUAUAUCCCCCAAUUAUCUUGAUUAUGAGCGAUAGGGGAGAAGACGGUUGGGGACUUUUGACAGAUGACCUCCGGGUGGCGAUGCUUCGAUUGGUCGUUAGUUUCGCCGAUGACCUAGUAAUCCUGGAACGCGCAAAUAAGUGUCUUCAAUUAGCUACUGAAGGUAGGUGGGUAUUCAAAGACGAGAAACUGCAAGAAUUCUCGCAACAUCUCCAUUCAAUCAGAGGCACCAGGCCCGAGGAAGAACUAGACAACAAUGUCGGCCCUAGAAAGCGACCCAGGUUAUUCAAAGGCGAGCCCAGCACCGAAGCCUGCGCUCUGACAUUUGACGUGUAUAAGCUGCUCGGACACCAAGACGCGGACGACCUCCAAGGGCUAAGUCUUGUCGCUGUCGAAGGUUUUAAAAGACUGGAAGAAGAAGAGCGCUGUACAGCUCUAAAGUCCCUCGGCUUCUUAUCAUGCGCACUCGCUGGAACACUUACUCGGGUAUCCGAAUCAUUUGGCGUGCGAAAAGGGUUGAAUUUGUAUAAGUGUUCAUACUGCGAUGCAGAUACUCUCCAAGCAAUAGCAUCGGAGAGGAGCUAUGCCCAGGGGGGUGAGGAGCUGUUUAAGACUCUAGAGGUAAUUCAGAAGCUCGAGGCCUUUCAGGCAUCGACCUCUGUUCGUGUCUGGGCUAUGAUCAGCCUCCGACGGCUGCUGAACCACACGCGGGAUUUGGCGAGGUUGGAUUUGGCGGAGACAGCGAUGGGGAAGUGGUGUUUAAAUGCUUUGCAAAGUUCCAGGAGGCUUUUAAGGGUCGCUGCUGGGCGUACCUUACCGUCGUAUGUUACAUUUAAACAUGGCGAAGAGCUUCUUAGGACGAAUCGGAUUGUGAUUAUCGAGUUCUUGAGGACGUUGUCUGAUAAUGAUGAAGGGCAACUUCAAGAGACCUGUGUGCUAGCGUGGAGUCAGUUUGGAAGAGUGUCAUCUGAUGAAGAACUCAACCUCGCGUUAAUCCGUCUGGUGGAGUAUCUUGGGCAUAGUAGCUCGUUCAUUCUUGGAUUAGCAUUUAACGAGAUUCAAUCAUUGGCUCGAACGCACGGCGUUACGCCUGGCAAGAUGUUUUCGCCAUUCUGGCCAAGCAUUAGUGUCGGUGUAGUCAAGCAGCUCCAGUCGAAACCUCAGAUAGCCCAAUUACUAUCAGAAGUAGUCGGAAUGGAACUUUCGGAUUUUUUGAAGACGACACAGGGCCAUACUGUACCAUACCUCAUCCUCUGGAAGAGGCCAGAGCUUGUCGAAAGGGUUGCCCAAGCCUGCAAGACAGAUGUGGUGUCUCUAGCACUGUCGAAUAUGGCGCACAUAUUAGCUCUACUUCUACCACAGGAAGCAGACAAUGUCGAGGCGUUUACGUUGCAUUUGCUGGCGCAUGCUACUGCUGAGUUUAAAGAUAUAUCGCUAGGGGAGAUUGCUAGGCCUGAUGCGAUGUCUCUUGCCACGGAGUUAUUAAAGGCUGCUGUAGACGCGGAUGAAGACCGGAAAAUUAGGAUCUUUUAUGCGUUGAGACUUGUGGCGGCUCUGACAUAUAAAAAAGUGGCGGGCACAAGGAGAAAUAAAGAGAUCGACCACUUAGAAGUAUUCUUUGAAGCGAACGUACUUGGUAUAUUUGCUACUUUUAAUGAUUAUCUUAAGGAUAUUAAGGGGAAGUUAUCAACCCCAGAGAAAAUUCGAAUCAUGAGGGCGAUUGAAGAGAUGAUGGAGCUAGCUAGAGGCAGUGUUAGUAGCGCAGUACCACAAAUAUGUGCCUGCUUACAAGAAGCACUAGAAUUCGAGCCAUUGAGAGCUAGUGCAUUUUCGGCUUGGGCCGUUAUGAUGAGAGUCCUAGAACCCGCUGAAAGCGCACCCUUGCUUGGUCAAACAUUCUCUGUGGUCCUACAAUACUGGGACAGUCUUGAGCAGACUUCACAGGCCAAGGCAGUGGAAAUGAUAAAAGAGCUGUUCGAGAAGAUUGGUAUCAUCGGGCAAAGUCUGGACAUCAUACCUUCCCUGGCAGCAAUACCAGCUCUUGCUCCAUUCGAGGGGAGACUUAGGGCCAUGCGAACCUUAGAAAUCCGAGAUCAUUAUCACUUACUAGCUCGCCGAUGUCGACACGAGAACGUAUCUGUCGUCGAGCAGGCGUUGGCAGAGCUUUCCGAGUUUCUAAAACAGCAUCAGGACUUUAUACACACCGCGGCGAUCAACGAACAGCCCGACGUGGUAGUUCCCGAGUUGAUCCGGACACUCCUAGACGUGAUUGUUUCCUUUAAGGACUCGAAUUCGUCUUCGAAGCCUAGGAUUGAGCACCUAUGCACAGAGUGCUUGGGACUCAUUGGGGCGGUGGAUCCUAACCGAGUAGAGGCCCCGAGGGACAAACGGGACAUGAUGGUUCUGCACAACUUCAAUCGCGCAGAUGAGAGUAUUGCGUUUGUAACUUUCUUUCUGGAGGAGAGGCUCGUCAAGGCUUUCUUGUCUGCGACAGAUACAAAAGCUCAGGGAUUCCUUGCCUUCGGAAUGCAAGAACUGUUAAAGUUUAUUGACGUAGAGUCUACAGUGAUCCUACGAUCCCGCCACGAUGGCCCCGGCCCCACAGCACAGACGGGCCAGCAGAGAUGGGACUCCUUUAGUCAGACGGCCAAAAGCAUACUCACACCAUUCUUGAGGUCGAGAUAUUCUCUACAGAUCAAUAACUCUGUACAACCCUGUUCGUAUCCAGUGUUUUCGCUGAAAAUCACUCACCGCGCCUGGCUUACGAAGUGGCUAUUGGACUUACUUUCCAAGUCGACGGGGGAUAAUGCGGCAAAUAUAUUCACGGUUUGUAAGUCUAUAGUCAAGGGACAGGAUAUCUCAAUUUCAAUGUUUUUGCUUCCUUAUGUUACGCUGAACGUCAUUAUUGGCGGGAGGGACCUGGAUAGGGAGAAUAUUGUCAAGGAGAUUCACGCCGUUCUUGCGCCGGCGCACAAAAAUCCAUUGGAGAAACAGAUGGCUCGGGAGACUUUAAGGCAAUGUAGUGAUACCGUAUUCCAACUCGUCGACCACCUAACCCGCUGGCUUCGCGACAAAAAGCAGUUCAAUCUAAAUUUGAAAAACCAACAAGCCAGACAGAGGAACGGAACCUUCGCGUCUGAAGAAAUAUACGAUCAAGACAUCGCAAUAUCACGGGUAGAAGAUGUCAUCUCCGCCAUUCCCUCAGACACCAUGAGUUUGCGGUCCGUCGAAUGUAACUCAUAUGCACGGGCGCUCUUCUAUUGGGAGCAGCACAUUAGAAAGGUGAGGGCUGCAGAGGAAGAGGUGCCAAUGGAUCCAUUGUACGAGCAGCUUCAACGGAUUUAUACGCAGAUCGACGAGCCUGAUGGCAUCGAAGGGAUUUCUACAAAGUUGCACGUCCUCAAUUUUGACCAGCAGAUACUUGAACAUAGGAAGGCUGGGCGAUGGACCGCGGCGCAGAGCUGGUAUGAGAUUCUCUUGAGCGAGAAGCCUGAUGACUCUGAGGCGCAGAUAAAUCUUCUGGAUUGCUUGAGGGAGUCUGGACAACAUGAAAUGCUCCUCAGCCAAGCCGAAGGCAUGAUGGAAAAAUACCCCAACACCCAACCCAGAAUCCUACGCUACGCUGUCGAGGCAGCCUGGAUAUCCGGUAAAUGGGAUGUCCUUGAGAGAAACCUUGCGAAAUCCAACGAGCACACAGAGAACCUCUACGAACUAAGGGUUGGCAACGCGCUACUUGCUCUGAGUAGGCACGACAGUGGGACAUUUGCGAAAGCAAUUUCUCUAGCUCGGGAGUGUGUUCUGGGUGGGCUGACGGAGUCCUUUACGGGUUCUUUGCGUCAAUGUCACGAGUCUAUGGUUAAGUUGCAUGCGUUGUCAGAGCUUGAAGAGAUUAGCACUGCAUUAGCAGGUAAGGAUUUUGGGAAGGAUGUGCUUGCGUCGAAUCUUCGGAGACGCUUGGAUGUUUUGGGGACGUACUCGAAGGAUAAGCAGCACCUCUUGGCUCUAAGGAGGGCGGCAUUUGUGCUUUCCAGUGCUCCUGAACUUGUUAAGGACAGUGUUGCCUCUACCUGGCUCAUAGGAGCACGUUUGGCACGAAAGAGCGGUCAGAUUUCUCAAUCGUUUAAUUCGGUACUUCACGCUUCCAGGCUCGGUGCUCCACUUGCGACAGUUGAGCACGCGAAGUUACUAUGGCUUGGUGGGCAACAUCGAAAAGCAAUCUCCAGCCUUGAAGGGGCAAUUACCUCCAAUCUUCUCCAGGGCAGCUCCCAGGAACAGCUUCAUGAUUCUAGCGUUCAUAAUUCGGGUGUUCACCCACAGCCCCAGAGCUAUGUCAAGGCAAAGGCUUCACUCUUGCUUGCUCGAUGGCUGGAUGGCGCUGGUCAGACGCAUUCCACUGAAAUCGUCUCCAAGUACUGCACUGCUAAGGAUUCACAUGUAAGAUGGGAGCAAGGACAUUACUAUAUUGGACGGCACUACAAUAGGUUGUACGAAGUUGAAAAGGCACUCCCACCGAUUAAGCAAACGCAGCCAUUCAUAUAUGGCGAGUAUGCAAGACUGGUCUGCCAGAAUUAUUUGCGUGCCCUGAUGUUCGGGACGAAAUAUAUCUUCCAAACAAUGCCCAAGCUCCUCACACUCUGGCUCACAUUGGGGGAGAUCGUAAACCAGAACAUCGACGCCAAAUACGGCAACGAAGAAUUCCGCAGCCAUAUCCAAAGAGAGCGUGGCAAGUGCUUGAAACUCCUACACACUUCCAUAAAGAGAUACAGCGAGCGCUUACCCCCCUGGGUAUUCCUCACCGCCCUCCCACAAAUGCUCUCCCGAAUCGCCCACCCCCAAGAAUCGGUCUACGAACUCCUGCAAAGCAUCAUCGUCAAAGUGGUUGCUGGAAACCCACAGCAGGCCCUAUGGUCCCUCACGGCGGUCUGCAGGUCCACUGCCCGAGAAAGGGCCCAACGUGGCUCACUUAUCAUGACCCAUCUGAAAGACGCUCUGAAAAAAAACCGGGAAGAAAGCGAUCUAGACGUAAGAAGCCUAAUCCUCCAGGCGACUAAAUUGACAGACCAGCUCUUGCAUAUUUCCAAUGUGGAGUUAACGGGCUUGAAGGCUCCCGCAACCAUCAGCAUUAAGGAACAUGGCUUCAAUCAUAAAUGUGCGCCUUGCGCACUUGUGGUUCCGACGCAGGUUAUGCUUGCGGUUACGCUCCCGUCCGUGCCGGAUACUGUGAAGACGCAUUUACCAUUUCCGAGCCACCAGCCGACUAUUUUGAAGAUUGAGGAGGAGGCCGAUGUCAUGAAUUCCCUGCAGAAACCCAGAAAAAUCAAGAUUCGGGGGACCGACGGAAGGCUUUACGGCUUCUUAUGUAAACCGAAGGAUGACUUGCGUAAAGAUGCGCGUUUGAUGGAGUUCAAUAAUAUGAUCAAUAGGUUCUUGAAGAAGGACCCUGAUUCUAGUCGACGCCGGAUGUACAUCAGAACAUACAGCGUCACUCCCCUAAAUGAAGAAUGCGGACUAAUCGAAUGGGUGAACGGUGUCCGAACAUUGCGUGAGAUAUUACUCACCUACUACAAAUCUAAGAAAAUGAUCGUAGACUACCCCAAGAUUCGUCAGCGCCUUGAAAUCGACGGCUCACAAGCAACAAGAGUGGCUAUCUUCACCGACGAAAUCCUCCCCAAAUUCCCCCCAGUCUUCCAUGAAUGGUUUGCGGAGCUCUUUUCCGAGCCCUCGGCCUGGCUCGCUAGCCGGCUCGCCUACUCGCGCACGUCAGCCGUGAUGUCGAUGGUCGGGUACGUGCUGGGGCUCGGGGACCGGCACGGCGAGAACAUACUCUUCGACGAGUCUACGGGUGACACGCUACACGUCGACUUCAACUGCCUCUUUGACAAGGGCCUAUCCUUCGAGAAGCCGGAAAAGGUGCCCUUCCGCCUGACGCAGAACAUGGUGGACGCGCUCGGCGUCACCGGCUAUGAGGGCGUGUUCCGCAGGACAUGCGAGAAUGCCAUGAGGGUGCUCAGGAUUAACGAGGAUACCCUCCUCACGUUACUCGAGACGUUCAUACAUGAUCCCGCUGUAGACAUGGUCAAGAAGGCCAGGAGGAAACCAGUCAACGCCAAGAUUCCAGAUACGCCGAAGGCUGUGCUUGAGAGUAUCCAGAGUAAGUUGCAGGGGCUGUAUAGAGAUGAGACAAUGCCGUUGAGCGUUGAGGGGCAGGUGGAGCAGUUGCUGAAGGAGGCGGUUGAUCCAGCGAAUUUAUGCGCUAUGUAUAUCGGUUGGUGCGCUUUCUUUUAAGUUGACGUGGAUUUUUUUUUUUUUACGGCAGUUGGUGGGUUCAAUUAUAUAUACCCCUUUAUCGAUAUCAUUACCAUCACCAUCACCACUAUUGCUAUUAUUAUUAAAGCACUGAAAGUUUGGGAUUGCAAUACAUGUAUGUAUUCACGGCAUGUCACUCGGUGUCUUGUUGCGCUUGUUUGAGAGGUUGAGAGAGA